AUGACAAAAUUCCAUUUCUUGGGGGUAGGAUCCAUGGGAUCACUUGUGGCUCAUGAGCUAGCCAAGGCAAACCCGAUAGCACAAAAGGAAAUAACGUUACUCUUCAAAAAUAACCCCACAGUAGAUUCGUUCAAACAUCAUGAUUCUCGCAUAACGGUUAAUACCGUCACCAACUCCGACAUAUCUACUGCAUCAUCACAGCUUCUUGGAGCUCACCAUAUCCAACCGUCGGAGCCGUUGGAAAACCUUGUGAUCUCCACAAAAGCGUAUCAAACAGAAGACGCCUUGCGCCGAUAUAUUCCCAACAUACAACCAUCAACCAAUUUAAUUUUACUUCAAAAUGGGAUGGGCAUGUGGGAGCAUCUUUUAUCGGUAUAUUGGCCCUAUGAGGCAAAUAGACCGAAUAUUUACCAAUGUAUCAGCACUCAUGGCGCAUAUAAGUCUGCCCCAUUUACUUGUAAUCAUGUUGGUUUGGGGAAAUUAGAUAUUGCCAAAGUUGAACCUCAUCAGGCAAAGUACAAGAAAAGAAAGUCUAAUACUACUGCUGCACCCCUUUCAGAUCCUCCGGAAAUCAUUCGUUUACUUCUCGAUACUCCAGCCUUGAACACACUGUACAUGGACUUCCCAAAUCUUCUUUUGAAACAAAUUGAAAAACUUGUCGUGAAUGCCUGUAUCAAUCCUUUGACAGCCAUUUUCGAUUGUCAGAAUGGAGAUCUUCUCUACACAGCCACUCUCCCCAAACUAAUGACCAAAGUGAUUCGAGAGGCAAUAUUGGUAUUCAAGUUGGAAUAUCCACAACUCCAAUCACUUCCUGAAGCAGAAGUGAUUUUGAACGAAGAUCGUUUACUUAAUAGUGUCUUACAAGUGUGUAAGCUCACGGCAAAGAAUAGCUCAUCGAUGAGAGAGGAUGUGCGACUACUCAAACCAACAGAAAUAUAUUGGAUAAAUGGGUUCAUAUCUCGUCUUGGACAAAAACAUCGAAUCCCUACCAAUACAAAUAAUCUACUCCAAGAAAUGUUGAGCACAAAAUUAAGCAUAUCGAGAGUGCAAGAAGAUCAAUCACUCAAUCUUGUCUUGGAUACAGUGAAUCAGUAUAUUAAAUAG